GUAAAUCUCAUUUGUAUAUUAAUUUUAUUUAUUUCUAUUUAAUACAAUUUUAAUUACAGUAAAAUGGAUCACAUUGACGUCAAUAAUCACCAGCAUCUUGUUCAGGCGCUGGAAGGCUCAGUUUCUGCCGAUGACCAGUACCGGAAACAGUGCGAAGAAUAUUUGCUCAAAUUUUCGAGCACGCCAGGAUCAGUGGCUUCUCUGAUGAGGGUAAUGUCGAAUUUUCAGUGUGAUGAUAGUGUACGGCUGGCAGCCUCUAUUAGACUUAAGAAUCAUGUGGCGACCUUUUGGCAGAUCACAUCUGAAAUUGACCCCCCCGAACCCCCUCUUAUCGCAAGUUCAGACCGGACUUUUCUUCUGGACAAUUUGUACCUCUGUUUGGUAAGUGUGGGACCUUCUCAGAAGGGGAUUCGGAACCAGUGUUACGAGAUUCUGAGGCAUGUAAUGUUUAACGCUGAGAUAAACGAUAUGAAGAAUUUGUUGUCUUCAAUUUCUUCCGAUCUCGGGCAGAGAACUGACUCAGACCGUGUUUUAUGUUCUCUGUACUGCCUCAGGAAGGUCAUGACCAAGUAUGAAUAUCACGGAAGUGGCCAGGCAUCUGAAGUUAACGAAGUUCUUACUGCGUUCUUGGCACCACUUAUGGCGGUGGCACAAGAUGCAUCUAAAAUUGGUCUAGCCAAUGACGAAGCAGCUACUCUAAUUCACCUUGUACUAAAGAUCUACUUUUCAUCAGCACUACUAACAUCGCCAACAAUUCCUAUCCUCAGGGACUCAAUGCAACACUGGAUGACUCUCAUCAAGUACACCAUCACCGAAUUCACUAAAUGGCAACUUACCUGGAAUAAAAACGAUCUCGAUGUGACUCCAUUUUCUGAGUUGGGGAAUGAGGAUGAGGAAUUUCUGUCUAAACUUGAGCAGUUCAAGUGUUUGAAGUGGUCCAUGAGAAUACUCAAUCGCUUCAUUUCUCGACAAAACUCGUUCUCAGAUGAUGAAAACAGACAAAAAUUCUACUCACUCUUUAUCUCAAAUAAUUAUUCAAAUGAGCACUUGAUGCUGGUUCUGAACAUGCUGAAGCUGGAGUCGGAGUACAAGUUGACCUUGAACAAUCUGACCCACCACCUGUUGUGGUCGUAUUUGAGACACAGUCUGAAUUAUGAUUCACACUUCCACUACAUACUUAACGGGAAUCUGAGUCAGAUAAUAGGAGUGUACUGCCUGAACACGUUCAAGUACACCAAGGAGGAUAUUAGCAGUUACGAGGAUGACCCGGAGACGUUUAUACAGUCACUGUCUGAUGUGUGUUAUCAGUUUUACAGUAACCGAGGAAGUUGUUCGGACUUUCUGCGUGAUCUGGUUAAAACGUACCCUGAGGAAUCUUUGUCCCAGAUCAAACAGAUUAUUGGAGCGUGUUUCGAGAAUUCCGACAGCGCUGUACUCUACUCAACACUUUCAAUCAUAGGAUACGUGACGGACAAGCUUAUAAAGAAGACCCGACCCCCUCCGAACGCCUACACUGGCAAUAACCUCAAAUCAAUAAUUAAUAAGGAAAACAAGAAGAAGGUUAAACCAAACUACGAGCAUCUGCAAAUUGACGGCGAAGAGCUCCUAGAGCGCAAAGUGGUUAAUUUUCUUAACUCGGAGGAUGUUUGGAUCAGGACCAGAGCCGCCUGGCUGUGUGGCUGUGUUUUAAAACGCGCCUUCAACUUUAGGAACUUUGAAACCCUCAAAGGCAUUUACUUUAAGCUUCUAGAUCUCCUCGUGGAUCCAGAACUACUCGUCUCAGUCAUGGCGGCAAACGCAGUAAUUGAGCUCUUCAGAGUGGAUGAUGACAACUUCCAAGACCUCAUCGUUAAGUCAAUCUCAGUACUGCUUGAGCGUCUUUUCCUCCUAAUGGACAGAAUUGAGCUUGAAAGUGUGACUUCAGUACUUGGCGAGAUUGUCGACAAUUACUCCUUCGAAGUUAUCCCCUACGCCAAGGAUAUCAUCCUCAAUAUCUGCAACAAUAUUACCAAGAAUUUACUCAACCAAGAAGCUAACAUUAAAGUGGACUACGAAGAUGAUGAGAAGAUGUUGGUGCGAUGGAGUAUGUUGCAAACACUGAACACCAUAAUAAGAUUAUUGACCCCCACUGGGGGUAGGGAGAAGACAGGGAAGGUGAAAACUGAGGAGAAACUGGCCCUGGAGCUUAACAAUUACCUGAUCAUCAUCAGCACUAUUGUUAACCUGUUAAAGCUACUGUUUACCAGGCCUGAUGAGAAUUCGUUCGAUUACCUAGACGAGGCCUCGCUGCUUCUGGCAAACCUGGUCAAGCUGCUCGACAUUGCAUCGAUCAAGCAGCUUGUGCUUUCUUCAGGGUUUGGAUUCGCAAACUUCUGGCAGCUGUUCCUGGACCUGCUAAACCUGAUCAAGGUCCAAGGCUUCGAGUACGUGACGGACUUCGCAAUCUUGAGAGAUCCGCUGGUAGCUCUGGCCCACAGAGACUCCCAAGGCUUUGUUGCAAUACUCGAGGAUCUAUUCAGGAUCUGCAGUGAGGCCUCCGGAAACGGCUUCACAGACGAGGUCCACGAUGUGCUGUCAGACGCACUUGAAGUUAGUCUAAACACUGGAGCCAUGAACUCGAUAUUCGAUCGCCUGCUUCAGGACUCUUGUAAUCGACUAAUUUCACUCCUGAGCACCUUCAAGAAGCAGAACCUGCAUGAUCUGGCUCACAAUAACAUGCAAUUCAUGAGAUUAUCGUGUCUUUUACUCAUGUAUUAUUAUCAAAAUUCUCCAAAAUUACCUUCCAACCAAAACACCAUCCACAACAUUAAAAUGCUCACAGAUUUCAUAUUGAAGCACUCAUUGUAUUGUACUUGGAGAUUGGGAAGGAAGUAUUGUAUUUUAACAUGCUGUACAUUAAUAAAGAAUAAUGUAACAAAAGCCGAGAACACCUCGGUGGUUAACCUGCUUGUAACACUCCUGCAAAGCCUAAAGGCCUCAGAGGAGGAGACUCAAGAUGAGUACCAGUACUCAGACUCAGACUCAGAUUCUGACUCGUAUGACGAUUAUGAUGAUGAGUACACUGACGAAGACGACGAUUCAGAGUGGGAGGAGUACGAGUUUGAAGACUCACCACUGAAAAGCUUAAGUGAAGUCAAAGUUGCAAAACAACUCCUACUCUCGCUCAAUGAACCCUUCGAGCAGCAUCAACUCAGUGGUCAGCAACUAAUGACCUUUCUUAACACCAUUUGACAAUCCCUAAUCUACUUUUAUAUCCUUA